ACUGUCAAAAACCAGUCGCAGAUUCAAAACAUCUCGUGCACGCACUGUUCUCGUGCUGUGAUUUCAAUUUCGUGAGUAAAAAUCGUGAAUUUUUCGCUAUAAAAUGUCGAAAAUUAAGCACACCACCGAAAAGGCACUGGAGAUGCUUCGAACCCUUCCUCGAGUAUCGAUCGGCAACAUAAGGGACAACCCAAACUCCAAGAAACCGCAAAAGCGAGGUCGCGCUCAGCACAGUGGAGACAAGCACGGGGCCGGAAACAAAGGUUCCAACCAGCGGCAAAACUACAUUCGGCUCGGGUACGAAACCGGAAAUGCACCGUUCUAUCUUCGCUUCAGUUACGAACCGUACUACAAGGGCCAUCACCUGAAGCGGGAAUACCCGCCGAUCAGUUUGCACCAGCUGCAGAAAAUGAUCGACACCAACCGGAUCGACGCGAGUAAUCCGGUCGAUUUGACAACGAUUUGCAACACGGGGCUGUUUCAGAUCCGACCGGAUCAGCUGCAUCACGGCGUUCAGAUUACGGACGAAGGUGCCGACGAGUUCCGAGCGAAGGUUAAUCUGGAGGUGCAGCAUGCUCCGGAGCUGGUGAUUGCGGCGAUCGAACGGAACGGAGGCGUCAUCCGGACGGCCUAUUACGAUCCGCACAGUUUGUACGCGGUAGUGAAUCCAAAGAAGUGGUUCGAGAAGGGUGUUCCGAUUCCCAGGCGGAUGUUGCCACCGCAGGACGCCGUGGAGUACUACACGGAUGCAAAGAACCGGGGCUAUCUGGCGGAUCCGGAGGAAAUCAGUCGCGAGCGGUUGGUGCUGGCGCAGAAGUAUGGCUACGAGCUGCCGAAGAUUGAGGAAGAUCCGGAGUACGAGAUGCUGACGCAGACCAAGGAUCCGAGGCAGAUUUUCUACGGUUUGAACCCGGGAUGGGUGGUGAGUUUGAAGGACCGAGCUAUUAUCAAGGCGAAGGGAGGUGAGUAACAUGGGGUAAAUGGAGAAAAUAGAGUUCUGUGUUGUAUUAGUUA